AACUUCCGCAUUUAGAAACGAAAAUGAAAGUAGCAAGUAUUGAAAGCACAAAACCGUCAUAGUUUAAAAAGGAAAUAACAAGACAACACCAAACAAUGCCUGUUGCAAAAUGCCCUUUUGACGGAUGCGACUACGUCACUGACGACCUUGAAGCAACGAUUGUUGUUGAGCUUAUUAAAGCACACACUACAGCACAUACUGUUGGUAAUGUUGUUACAACAAAGACACCAGCUGAGCCGAAAACAAGCACCGAUCAAGUGACACUGCCUACACCUACAGCUAAUGUACAUAGAGCAGUCGGUGAUCUAAAUAUCCCUCUGCAGACAUGUCAUUAUUAUAAUAGCAAUGGUUGUGACAGAGGUAAUACUUGUCUAUUUUUACAUCUGUGUAAAAGUUAUAUAGAAAGUCGGUGCGAAUCUGGAAAAGCAUGCAGCAAAAGCCACAAUAUCCUGGAUGCUCAGGUAAAAGUCAUCAUGGAAAAACAUGGCAUAGACAUAAAUAGGAGGCCAAAAGAAAUUCUACCAGACUUGCAAGCAUCUGUUAAGGAAAGUAAAGGACAGAACAAUGAUGAUUCGAAAAGAAAACCGAAAGUCCGAGCCGCUGUACAGAAUACGCCAGAGAAAGGUUCUAUUAGGAUUUGUAACAAGUACAACGGAGAUUGUUGUGAAAGGGGCGAUACUUGUCAUUUUUUACAUCUGUGUAAAAAUUACAUAGAAAGUCGAUGCGAGUCUGGAAAAGAAUGCAACAAAAGCCAAAACAUCCUAGAACCCCAGGUAAAAGCCAUCAUGGAAAAACAUGGAAUAGAUGUAAAAAGGAAACCUAAAGACAUGUUUCCAGACUUACAAGCAUCUGUGAACAAAUGUAAAAGACAAAGAGAAAGAGAGAACUCAAAAGAUACGGAUGGAAAUAAGAAGUCGGCUCCUAAAAUAUGUUAUAGUUACAACGGCCGUGGGUGCGAGAAAACGGGCUGUUGUUCAUACAUACAUAUGUGCAAGAGUUAUAUUGACGGCAAAUGUGAGGCUGGAAGGGGAUGUAACAAAAGCCAUGAUAUUCUUGAACCAGAAGUGAAAGCAAAUCUCGAAAAACAUGGCAUAAAUACGAAAAGGGAACCGAAGGACAUUUUGGCUGAUUUUCAAGCUGCAUUAAAUGGAGAAAAUCCAAAAGGCAAUAUCACUUCUGGAUGUGGAGCAAAAGAUGCCGAUGGAAAUAAGAAGUCGGCUCCUAAAAUCUGUUACAAUUACAACGGCCGUGGAUGCGAGAAAGCGGGCUCUUGUUCAUACAUACAUAUGUGCAAGAGUUAUAUUGACGGCAAAUGUGAGGCUGGAAGGGGAUGUAACAAAAGCCAUGAUAUUCUUGAACCAGAAGUGAAAGCAAAUCUCGAAAACCAUGGCAUAAAUACGAAAAGAAAACCGAAGGACAUUUUAGCUGAUUUUCAAGCAGCAUUAAAUGGAGAAAAUCGAAAAGGCAAUAUCACUGCUGGAUGUGGAGCAAAAGAUGCCGAUGGAAAUAAGAAGUCGGCUCCUAAAAUCUGUUACAAUUACAACGGCCGUGGAUGCGAGAAAGCGGGCUCUUGUUCAUACAUACAUAUGUGCAAGAGUUAUAUUGACGGCAAAUGUGAGGCUGGAAGGGGAUGCAACAAAAGCCAUAAUAUUCUUGAACCAGAAGUGAAAGCAAAUCUCGAAAAACAUGGCAUAAAUACGAAAAGAAAACCGAAGGACAUUUUAGCUGAUUUUCAAGCAGCAUUAAAUGGAGAAAAUCGAAAAGGCAAUAUCACUGCUGGAUGUGGAGCAAAAGUUGCAACACAUAACAGAAAACCAGCAAAGGUUUCAAGAAAAAAGGUAUGCAUAUUUAACCUGCGUGGAAUAUGCAAAUGGAAUUUCUGUCCUAAUGUUCAUUGCGACCUCCCGUAUCAGUGGCGGUGGAAGCCUUUGUUUGCAAAGGAAUGGAAUCUUCUAUAUCAGCAUGGAAACGUUGAAACAGAGAGAGUAUUCUGUGAUCCAGCUAAUGAGAUUUACAGACUUGUAACUGAGCAAGGGGUAAACAUUAACAUUGAUUUUAAAACGAUGAUUGGCACAGACUUUGAGGGACAGGUAUUUGUAGUUAAUCGACUGUCUACACCAUCCUCUGUAGAAUUAGAGCGACAGCUUUGGGCAACAAACUGGCUGUGGUAUUGGAAGAAUGAAAAUGGUGAGUGGACGAACUACAGCGAUACGGUUGGCGAAACAGAGAAAGGUGAUAUUGAACAAGCUUUUAUCAACAACCCGGAUGGACAGUUUUCCCUCCGAGAAAAUGGAAGUAUCAUCGACUUUUCAAAAAUGAUGCAAGUAAAUGAUAACCCGACAACUGAAGUUGAAAUUUGCCGUAGACCUGUAUUUGUAAGUGAGAAGGAGGCAGAGGAGAGGAAAACAAGACCUUCACAAAAAAAACGAGGAGGCAAAGUACCCAAUCAGCCUAAAUUAGAACGUGAAUCCACCACAGCACCACCAAACUGGAAUAUGCUUCCUGAAGAGGACCAAUCAUCAAUGAUUCAAAUAAUAACAGAAAAACCUUUAAACUUUCAGUUGAAAGAAAAUGAUACGGAGUACAAGGAAAUAGAAGGAUUAUUUCUUGAUAGUUUUGGAAGAACAGUUUGUAUCAAAUCUAUUGAACGAAUUGAGAAUGGCGAUUUAUGGGAGGAUUUUAUUGGUAAGCGAACAAAGAUGUUAAAGAAGAAGACAAAAGAGGAAGUGGGUGAAAGACGAUUGUUUCAUGGUACAAGGAAUCAAUACAUUGAUCCAAUCUGGAAUCGAGGGUUUGAUUUUAGACUGAGUGGUCAGACAUCAGGUACGGUAUAUGGAAAAGGAAGCUACUUUGCCACAACAUCCAGAUAUUCCAAUUGUUACGCAGAACUAACUGUGGAGAGGGCAAUGUUUGUUGUAAAAAUUUUACCGGGGGCAUACGUCCGCGGAACCAGCGAAUAUAAACGUCCGCCUCAUAAAGACGAAGACAACCCGUGCAGUGAGCUUUAUGAUUCCUGUGUUGAUAAUGAAACCAACCCGCAAAUAUUCAUCAUAUUCGACAACAAUCAAAUAUACCCCGAGUACUUGAUUAGGUAUGAAUGCUAGAACUUGUUAACAACAUUGGAGAAGCAAGCCAUAUGUUUUCAUACAAACACUAUAUAAAAUUUAGUACCACCUAACAUCUUAUUUUAAAUGUUUAAAAUGUAUUUCACUUUCUAUUUUCUUUUCAUGAAUUAAAACAAAAGUAAUGCUUCAAAUCACAUCUACUAUCAAAUAAUAUACAAAUAAUGAAAAUUAAUAACAUAAAAAUAUAUGAUUAUGGUAACAGAUCAAAGGUCUUUGAAAAUAUUAUACAACUUAAAAUGAAUGUUUUUAUUUCUUACAUAUUUUUUGUAGAAAUUUACACUUAUACUACUUCAGUCAUAACAAAAAAAUUAUAGUCAAUAUAUUAAUUUAUACUCUAAACAUCAGAACGAACAAAGAAAUAACCUGUUUAUAUAAAUUACUGAGAAAAAACUGUUCUGUAAACCGAUAAUUCGUCAUUAAUCAUAAAGAAAUGUUGUUUUUGUUUUAAAUAUAAUAUGUGGCAGUAAUUUUUAGUAUCAAGAAAUUACUUUAUCAGUUUUGGUAUUUCUAAAGGGACUCAACUGAUGUAUGUUGACAUGACGUUUAAAUAAAUUUCAGACAUCUAAUGAAGAUCUAAACCAAAAUUUCAGAUCAUUCGCUCAGUCCGUUUUUUCCAGAGCAGUUGUGUAAAAUGACCCAAUUUUUUUUAGGUUAAAUAUUUUCCCACUCAAAUCGGGCUAAGAGCAACAAAACUGUAUGAUUUUGAAUAUAUUUUCACGUAUUUCUUUAUCAUCCUUUGAAAUUUUUAUGUUUUAUGUGCUCCAGCUGAUCUUAUUUUAUGAUUUUAGGCUUUUAGACCUCAGUGGAGUUCCUUUGAUGUGUGUUCCACUCAGUACCAUAUCUACUUUAUAGUUUUAGUUUGUAGAAUGUUGUCUGUUUUUGUUGUUUUUUGUGUGUUUUUAUUUUAUUUUUUUGUUCUUGUUUAAAAGCAUAACGAUCAUUUGUUUGUAUUUGUAAAAUAUACUGAUCGCUAGAAUUUAAUAAUAUCAAAUAUAUAAUUAGUAUAAUUUGGAUAUUAUUAAAAGCAUUCUUGUUUGUUUAAAACAUAGUUUUCCAACAUGGGUAAAUUGAUGUUUACGUGAAGAGUAAAUUAAUUCAACUCAAUUUUGAGACAGGAUUUCUUAACAUAAUCAUGAAUAUGUUUCGAGCCUGCUGUUCUGGGGUUAUGUAGGAAAAUUUGGCCGUGCUCUUAACACCACCCAAAGGUUGCGGUGUAAUUGAUUAUUUUGGAGUUUUUUUUAUACUUUGUGGGAAAUUGUACGUUUGCAAAGAGUUUGAACUUUUUGUUUAGUGUUGGUGAACUAUUGCUUUUAUAAGAAAUCAAAUCAUCUGGAACAAGGGAGAAUCUUUGGAAGCAAUAGAAAUAAUAAAGUUAUACGAAAAAUGCAAACUCAGUUUGAGUCUGAUUAGGAGAGAUCAUAUAAAAUUACACCAUGUCUAACCUUUUAAGUGGUAUUCAGUCUUCAUCACCUGAAAGUUACGGUUUCAAUGAUCCGGAGACCAGAAAAUAUAACAACGCAGAAAGAAAAAUCGAAAACGAGGGUCGAAAGAAAUGGCGGCUAUUUGUAGAAACUAGUAUAUUGAUUUUAGCGAAUUUGGUAUAAUUAUAAAAACUUAUUUUCUUCUAAGCAUUCGUAUAAUAUAAUAACAAAUCACUACAAUAGAGGUAACGAUAAAUUAUUUUGGUGAAUUUUGUGUAGAUGGACUCAGUUAUUCAGUUCAACAAUUAUGCCAACAGAUGGCAAGAAAGGAAACAGGGGGUAAUGGCGGCACCAAUAGGACAGAACAACCAUCUGUACGAGAAAACCAGACUGACCGAGCAUGUUGCAUACCACCAUAUUCCCCAUACCCCCAAUACUCUUGGUCUAGCUUCUUUUCUCAUACAACUGGACAUAGCCCGAUGUUCUGCCCCACGAUGUCUUUGGGGUUUCCAUCAUGCCCCACCCAUGACAACAACCAACCAAAUGCACUUGAUUUAAUGAAUGAGAUGAACAACCGCCUUAAAGAUAUUGAGCAAACUGUUACUUAAAUUGAACCCUACCAAAAAGUAUUAGUAAACAUACAGCAGAGGUGUACCAAUCGACCAAUUAUUGCUCAUUCCGAUAGUUUUUGUGAACGGGAACAAGUACGAAAAGCUGGGACACUGUACAAUAAGUCGCAAACUAAAAUAAGAAUUCACGAACAUUUUCCGCAGCAAAUAGAAGAUAAAUGGAAGAGGCUUUACCCGGCGUUAUGCAAAUUAUCAGAACUUAAAAACCGUUAAAGAGAAGGUAAACCAUAAAGAAACUAUAUGAUCCAGACCGGGGUACGUACUUUGAUAAACACGGCACACAGAGAACACUUUCUUGCAUGUCAGACAGGACUAUCUACCGUUUACACCGGUGCUAGAAACCCUGUCUCACACCCCCAUGUAAGAUAAGUCGCGUGUUUUAAAUGAUGUCAUUGCCGCACGCCUUUUAUGAAUGAAUUGCGUUCUUAGGAUGACGUCAUUUUACCGUUAUAAAUUAAGUUGUAAGUUCAUACGCUACUAUAAGAAAAAAAGUGCCUAACGAGAAUAUCAGUUUUCGUAAUUUCCUGUUUUGAAAAUAAUUGAUAUGUUAUAUGCAGGAAAGAGAAUCAAACACUGGCCGCCGGUACAGACCGGAAUAUCUAGCCCUCGGGUAACUGUUUAGCUGUAACUCGGCAGAGCCUCGUUACCGCCGUAAACAGUAACCCUCGAGCUAGAUAUUCCGGUCUGUACCGGCAGCCAGUGUAAGAUUCUUAUAUUCACGUCCUAGUAUCCCACCUAGAUAUGGCGAGCAGCAAAGAUUUUACACGCUCCGCCCUCUUACGA